AAAUUAAUGUUACUGUUUAUAACUAAAAAUAGGUAAACGUCCAUGUUUAAAAUUUUUAUAUAUCGCGCUAAUAACUUAACUUAAUAAUUUAUGAUCCUUAACCAGCCUAUGUGAAAAUAGUGAUAGACCGGUGUUUGCAUCAUAUUUCAUGAAGUAUUAAAUAAGUUGCAAUAAAUUUAAAAAUUGCGGUUUAUAUCACUUUUAGGCUGAAUGCCUCUAUACUCUAUAGUUGUGUAUUAGUCCAGAUUUGUAUUAGGUAAGUAAUUGGUUUUAUGACUGAGUUUCGAAUGAAGUCAGUUUGGAUUUUUAUACUUUUUAUAACGAUCAAAAAAAAAAAAAAGGCGUGCGAGUUUCACUUAAGGAAUUUAAUAUUAAAUAAUGAAAAAUAUAACAAAAGGUUAUAAUAUUAUUUAACGUUUAUGUAUAAUCUAAUAAACUUAUAAAUCAAUAGCAUUACAACCCGUGAUAGGGCUUAAAGGUCUUAAGGGAAAACAAACUACCGAACAUCGACAACGUGAAAGUGAACCGAGUUUUAUAAACCAAAAGUAUUGAAAUGCCAUCAUUUCAAUACGCAAAGGUAAUCGUAAAUGGAUUCUAUGUUUUCUGAAAUUGAUUUUUUGAUUUUGUAACUGUAUACUGUAUUACGGUAACAAGCGUGACAUUUGACUCUGCGAUUAGAUUAAUUAAACUUUUAUCUCAAAGAGGGUGACGUGAUUGCCACAAGUGGCAUCCUAUUGGUCGGCUCCAUCGAAAGGUAUAUCCCAGAAUCUGUUAUCGCGUAAAGAGUGAAGACUGGACGUGGCUAUUUCUAAUCGCCACUUGCCAUCUUCAACCCAGUUGUGUCUGAAACGAUCCGUGUGGAUAUCCAAAAAUGAAUUCCUCCGUGGAAAAGUGUUAUAAAUUUCACGAGUCAGCUAUCGAUUUGCUCUCGUCUAUAGAUUUCUGCGACACAACGUUCAAGGUGUCAUUAUUCUUCGUCAUAUUUAAUCCAAUAUUUUGGAAUAUCGUCUCCCGUUUGGAAUACUACACCCAUUUCUUGACGAAACUAACGAAUAAUCCAAAAACUGGCUGCUACAUAUUGGCAGUGACCAUAUUCACUUUGGGAAUAGUGAGGAAUUAUUAUUUCGAACAGGCAUUGUACAAACAGGUCGUAUCACAGGUGUUAGAAAAUGAAUUCACCAAAUCUUUGGGAGUGAUACUAAUUGUUCUUGGACAGAUCUUGGUUAUCACUUCUAUGUACCAGUUAGGGAUCAUUGGUACUUACUGCGGCGACUACUUCGGUAUCUUAAUGAAGGAGAGGGUAAGAGCUUUCCCGUUCAACGUUUGUGAAAAUCCUAUGUACAGAGGAUCUACGUUAUCAUUCCUUGGGUUCUCACUUCUGCAAGGAAAAGGUGCAGGUUUACUUAUAACAUUCUUCGUUCAUAUGGUAUAUGAAAUAGCAUUGAAGUUCGAAGAACCUUUCACUAUGAAAAUAUAUAGAAAUCCCAAAAUCGAUUAAAUGUCAAUACAUUUGGGAUAUAGUGCAAUUGUGAUUUGAAGAAUAGAGAAAUAAAAAUGAACUCGAAUUAAAUAAUGAGCAAGACAUCAAAAGUGAGAUUAAGGAAUAUUUUAAGCAAUAUACAUGUAUCUGAAUAAUACAGCAUUUGACAAUAAUAUUACUAUCUAUGACUGUUUUAGAAACAUUAUAAGAAAUAAAUAAUUAUUAUUAAUUAUAAAACAAGUGUUAACACAUUUUGACUGAAACGAAACUAAGAUGGGUAUGUAUUCAGAUUUCAUAUAAAUUUUAACUAUAACUAAUAUUAUUAUAUGGAUAAUGGAUAUGAAUAAUGACCAAUUAUUAUGUAAACCUAUAUAUUUUAAUUCUAUCAAGUCAAAAUAUAUUUUUUAUUGUUAUUUAUAUUUUGUAAUAAUAAAGUUAUAUCUUCGUUAAAAGACUUGUUUGCCAAAAUCGAAACAUAUUCCUUGUUUAAUAUUUAUUUUAUAUAUUUAUUAAUGAAGCAAACUGCAUUAACUUCUAUAUUCUAUGCUGUUUGAAAAAGAACCAUCUUCUUAAAGAAAUAUUUACAUGAUUUGUAACUUAACACUCAGAUAAACGUUUUUGUAUAUUU